UACACUUCCACGUAAUGUCAUCGCCGAGCCAGUCUGACGCCAGGCGCCGCGACGCUAUGACGUCACUGAACCGCGCUUCGCCGACGAACAUACCUCGCCUAGCGGUUGAGAACUCAUGAAUGAAAUCCUAUUUACCAUCACGUAUAUCCGGAUAGAGUACUCGCGAGGGGACGCGCCUACGAGCACAGAGAAAGCAAUAUCGUCGAAAAGAAACUCUACGUGGAAGGUAUAUCAACGAAUCGACGCGAGUGAUACCGUGUUGUAAUUAAAUCGAUUAAGCCCUCCCUCUUCGCCCGCACAUCCCGAGCGAAUUAAAUCAAACUCUAUCGUUCACGAUUCGGUCGCCGCGCAAAUUUAUCAAGAAGCCCGGAACGUGGUUCUCCCCGAGAGAAAAGUUGUCGCCGUUCUGCAAAACACCACCGCUUUCAGAUUGAAUUCACCGGCGAACUUGCCGAAGCGGAGGGGAAUUGGAAGACUUCGGCAGGGGCGCAAGGGUUUGCCCCCCGGCAGGCAGGGAAACUUAUCGAGUGGAAUUCGAUAGAGUAUCUUCGCGGCUACGAAACAGGAGGAGUGAAGAAACUCGGCGGGGAAACGGGGUCGCGGGGAUAAGGCAAUUGGUGUCUCGCGCCCCGAGAAACUCCAUCGUCCAGCAAAUCCUUCCUGUCUUCGUAAACCGUCGCGGGAACCGGUCGUAUUCCGGUCGUAUCCCCGGUGCACCCGUCGGAACGUAAGCUUCGUUCUGUCGACUGCAAUUUGGCGAAAUUGAGAGAUGCGAGGCGGACGGUGAGAAUCCGCGAGGAAAGAGACCCAACGUAGAGGCAGAGUCUCCGACUCGGCGAGAGGAGAUUGGUGUAACUCGCGCGCGUUAGACCCGUUCCAGAUUACGAGGAUGGGUAAGAAGAAUAGCAAGCUCAAGCAGGAUACCAUCGAUCGCCUUACCACCGACACGUACUUCACCGAGAAGGAAAUUCGUCAAUGGCACAAAGGAUUCCUGAAAGAUUGCCCUGACGGAUUGCUGACAGAACAGGGCUUCAUAAAGAUCUACAAGCAGUUCUUCCCCCAGGGUGACCCGUCAAAGUUCGCCUCCCUCGUCUUCAGGGUCUUCGACGAGAACGCCGACGGCACGAUAGAGUUCGAGGAGUUCAUAAGAGCGCUCUCGGUGACGUCGCGCGGCAACCUGGACGAAAAGCUUCACUGGGCCUUUCGUUUGUACGACGUGGACAACGACGGCUUCAUCACGAGGGACGAGAUGUACAAUAUAGUCGACGCGAUAUAUCAGAUGGUCGGGCAGCAGCCGCAGGCCGAGGACGAGAACACCCCGCAGAAAAGGGUCGACAAGAUCUUCGACCAGAUGGACAAGAAUCACGACGACAAGCUCACGCUCGAGGAGUUCCGGGAGGGUAGCAAGGCCGACCCGAGGAUCGUCCAGGCGCUCUCGCUGGGCGGCGAGUAACCCCCAUUUUCGUCACAGGCGGCACGCGAUCCUUCGAAAUCGGCAGUCUCCACGCCGUCGUCAUUAUCGUAAUUGUCGACGCGAGCUGGGCGAGCCGCUCGUCCUGGCGGAACGGCUGACUAGGGAAGACCUUGGAAGAGAAGGCAAGUCCACAUCCGCGCGGUUUGGCAUGCACGCGAUAAUAGAUAGGGCAAUAAUGAGCGAGGCGUCAAUGACGUUGAGAUCUGACGAAUAUUUUUCGAGAGAGAUCACUCGUCGAAGAGCUAGUGUGUCUACCGCUUCUUUUCCACUUUCUCUCUCACUCUCUAUCUCUCCUUCUCUCUAUACUGUAUCUCUCGGAGAAGAUCGGUUCUCGUUCCCCGUUGGUGAAUCGAUCCCUCCACCCUUCGUUAACGAUCCGAUUUCGAUAAUCUCGAUGCUAAUAGAACAGUAGGUGUCUAGCGUUUGAGCAGUCGUAUAGCUUUCAACGAGACUGGACGUGGCGGAUUACAUUUUUAGCUGGAGAGCAUGCGGGACUCCGACAUGAAUAAAAUUGUUAGCACGAACGAUGAAGACGUACACGUCGCGGAGGGGCGACGACUCCCCCCAGUUUCUUUUGUCGCGUUGCCCCUCCCCCGCGCUUUCCGUGUAUAUUAUUCCGCUGGCGAAGUGUCGCGUCACGGUAAUACAGGUAACGAGUAAAAUUCGAAUACACACGACGCGCGAGCACGCCGCGCGAAUUUCAACGAGGCUCGCCGGGGCUAUUUCCGAUUACUGCAGAGCGCGGCUCCACGUUAGGGGGGGAAAGAAAGGGAAGAAGAACGGAAGGGUGGCCGGUAGCAGGGACGGGUAAAUUGCCGCGGGGAUAAGCAUUCAAAUGUGGACAACUGAUCAUGCAUUGUGCGGCAUGUUGCGUAACGAGAGCGGCCGCAAACAAAAAUUCCAGAGAGCCGCGAUGAGCCCCGUACGUGUUUCAACAACGUCGAGCGAGAAGAAAAAAAAAACAGGGCGAAAUCGGGAGAGACGUGCAAAUUUUACAAUGAUGAAUAGCGCGAUCGCAUAACGGUAUGCGAUUCGGCCGUAUUCUUCUUCGUUUCUCUUGUUCUCUUCGUUUUGCGCAACCGCGCUCCACUGAAUUUCCUCGCCAUUACGAAUUCAAUCAUCGCGAGCGUAAAUAUUAAUACGGACUUUUAUAUAACGCCACUUUAUAUAACGCUGCCGCCUACGAGUGUUGCAGAUUAUUCAUUUCCAAAUGUCAAAAAGCCCUGGCGUCGAGUACUAACGAGCGUAUGCGCGCCACUGACAAAAUUGCAGCGUCGAUUUGACGUCGGACGCGGCGUCAUUUGCGCUGAGAUUUCUUAACAAACGCGGCGGCACACCGCCGUAAGAGUAUCGGCUCGCGUUGCGUAACGCGGCGGCAUUAGAACGGCAUGGCAAAAAUUCGUAGAUACGGAGACGGUGACUAAGCAAAAAGGGGGAAGAUGAAUAAUGGCAAUCUGCUUUCCGAUAUUAAUGAGCGUUUUACGUCACUUACACACGACACGGAGCGGCCGGUCACACAAAUCGCCAGCUGCAGCGCGCGCGCGUAUCAUCAAUGGCGUCUUCGCCGGAUCGCGGAGUCGAAGAGGAGAAGACGUACACAGUGAAUGUGAAAUCAUUAUACCUUGCUUACCUCUUAAUUAUAAUAGGGAAAGUUGUGUAUUUAUUAUUGACUCUAUCGCACCCAUAAUGGGAUCCCCGUCAAAACGUCAGAAGCUACCCAAACAGAAUUACACGAGAAGACGGGGCUAACAAAAAUAAUGGAUGAUCUUAUUAAAUACGAGUACCGCGUCGUAAUAGCGGUCGAACGUCGAAUAUUAAUGAGCAAAGUUGCAUCCGCCUCGUGCCGCUCUUGUAUUGUUAUCCUUGGAUCCAUUUUUUAAUCGCAAUCUUUUCAAUCGUGCAGUCAUUGACGUUCUUGACGCUCCACUUUCGAACUUGAACGACCUGAAUCUUCAUAUUCAAGAUGACUCGAGUGGAAUAAAGCUAACGAUCGAUAAAGAAAAGGGUACCCGGCGUCAUUUGGAACAAGUAUUUUUACCUGGAAUAAAAUUACGUGAAAAAGGGACGGAACAAGGCACAGAAAGAGCACAAAGCAAUCUGCAUUUUUUGCAUAAUGGCGAUCAGUUAAUCAUUAUCUCUGCGCGCCUCCAUCGAAUAUUAAAUCAGCUGGGAAAGGACAGGAGAAGGGAGAGAAAUAUCAGAUUGAAACGAAGCGAGCGUCCAGGGUGAUUAGAGGAGACAAAGGGUCGCGCGGUCGCGGGACCCGUGCGCGUCGCGACAGAAGCGACUGGAAGAAGGAACGAGAGGAUGAUUCGCGUCGGAAGUUCGACUCGAUGGACGCGACUGAUUUUCUUGCGCGACGUGCAGAGGAGACAAUAAAGCGAGGCAAGGGGCGAAAUACGAUAACGACUCGCGUUUAGUUAGUAGGGACGGGGCCGCGCGACGUGACAUUAUUGGUACACGGAUUUAUCGGAAUUUCGGAUCUCCUAUUCUCCGAUAUUAAGGAGGGCGUCAGAUGGUCGCCCGAUAAGAGCGGGGAAAAUCCAAUGCGGCAGAGCGAGAGCGCCAAGGACGAUUAAAGGGAGAGUUAGGUGGGUAGAGGUAGAUAGGUAGGGACGCGCCACAUCUCGCCGAUCGAUCCGUUAUAACGUUCUGCAUUCCGCGGGAUGCGGUCGUACGAAUGCGGCUGACAAUGAGCUUAUGCGGAGGAACAAAAGGAACGCCGCGCGAGUGCGGGAAUCUGCGAGAAGAAGCGGUGCCCGGCCUGGCCGACUAUACGUCGAUGGCAUAUCUCUUGUAGGUGCGGGACCGCGCGGGGAUGAGAUUCCUCUCGACAAUGAGGAGACCCGGGAGGACGGUCAUAAAUCUUGCCGCGGUUCGUGACCCCGCAUGGAGACCGUUUUAAAGAAUAAACCGAGACGUUUACACGGCGCGGGGAGGGCAGUUGCCGUUGGCGGAGGAAAUUGGGCAAGUAUCUCGCGAGGGCAAACAUCACCGGGCUCGGCCGGAGUUAGCGGCAAGUUAAAUAAGCUCCGAAAGGAUCGCCCGGCGAUGUAUGAAAAAUGCAUGGGCACUUGGUCCGGUGCCCGCCAUGCAAUAUGUAGCCGGUUGCCGCGCCGAAACUGCAUGACGGCACGUAAAAAUGAAGUUUCGGUGCGAAGCUCUGCGACGGGACCGGUCCGCUAAGCCCCCGUUUUCUCUCCCCGGCCACCGCGCCAUUUUCUGUAUCACGCGGCGCGAAAUGCGGGACGGGCGAAGUAAUGAAAAUUGCGAAAACGCAAAAACGAGAAAUUAAUUUAGCCUGUCGGCAAAAACGAGCAAGAUAAAUAGGAAUGCAAUCGCGUUAAUGAACGAAUUUUUUAAACGAGUUUACGACGCGUGUGCCUCCCCCGAAAGGCUCCGCUGCAGCGGAGAAUUAAACGUUUUAAGGUAAAAAGAUAAGUUUGCCGAGGUGAAUGAAGAAAGCUCCGCUCUUUCGAGGGCUGGAAUUCACAGUGCCAUUGAAUUUUCAGAGCAGCACAGCGCCGUAUCUCUUUCCAUCGCUCUCGCUAUCUAUUCUCCGAUUGGGUGGCUGUAAGGCGAAAGGAGAUACGGGUCCCAACUUUCGCGGGAAUGACUCUCUGCGAGAAAAGUGUCGUGUAACCGGCAGCAAGAAUUCACAAGCUCGGGAUGCCUCUGGAGAUGUAAAUGCGAGGCCGCGAAGCGCAUGUUAUUACUCUGAAUAACGUGCGUAUAUUCGCGCGGCGACCAAAAUUUCACGCACCGGAGAAAGCGCUGGAAGUGGAGCGCGAGAAAAAAUAGACUCGAAGAACACGAUAGAGCGGCGACGUUCGGUGUAACGGGCAAAUAUUAAUUUCGCGAAAAGUGUACUUGUCGUUGCGGGUCCGCGAGAUAAAUCGCCGCUUAAAGCUCCGCCGUUAUCUCGCGAUGAUUUAAGAAUCGUUAUUCAUCUCGUACGCGCGCGGAACAAUACAAUGAAAUUCCAUCGAUCUUUCCGACCUGUCGUUUCGCCGAGCGCUACAUUAGCGACGCACUCUCGCGCCAUUCUUUUUUUCUUUUCGAAGCUACGCAAAGCCCGCGCGCCAUUUUUCGCACACGGAGAAUUACGUACGGCCCGCCCGACAUUCGCAUUGCGACAAACAGCACGUUGCCCCGCGCAUAGCGACGGAACGAAACAGCCCGGCUGUAUCGAAAUUCUUCGCGACUCGUCGCCCGUUUGGCAUUUUUCAGAGAUGAAUUUCAGCCGCGCCGAGCGCGCGCACGCGUUCGCAGUUUAAAAUUAUACCGGAAUAACGAGAGCCGCGCGCCGCGUCCAUAUUUCUGCAGCCUCUAUCUCGCGCGCGUC